AGGUGUCGGGGUUGUGGGGACCAUGUUGCUCCCAGCCAGAGGUGGUACAGGACUGUCAACGAAGCCUGGCACAGCUCUUGCUUUCGACUCUGUGCCAAGGGCUGUACGUGCAGUGGAUUGUCACACUUAAACCCAGACAGUCUGGCUCUGGGCCAGGCUGGCCUCCAGCAUAGUGUGGUAGAGCCUAGUAUAGACAGCCUGCAUUUGAUUCCUGGAUCCAUCUCUCACUUAGCAGCUUGCUGACCUCAGGCAAGUGAUUUAACCUCUCUGUGCCUCGAUUCCUUCUUCUGCCAAGAGGGGGAAAUCAAAGUUCUACUGAAUAUGGUUGUGUGCCUUAAAAUUCAUCCAUACGUGUGUCUGGCACAGGCUGAGUGCUCAGACCAGUGUGGAUGUCUGUGUGAGGGUAUUGUGGCAGUCGAUAGGGCUGACUGAGUUCUACACAGAUGCCAAAAGCUGUUCUUCACUUUAAGAGGCAGUGAAACAGAGUGGCUGAGUGCUUUGGUUCUAGAGCAAGGGUCGUCAAACUAUGGCUGUCACCUGUUUUCAUAGGGCCUGUGAGUUUUACGUUUUUAAAUCCUUGGGGGAAAAGGAGGAGAAUAAUUGUGACACAUGAAAAUUAGAUGAAUUUCAGAUUUCAGUGUCCAUAAAUAAAGUUUUAUUGGAAUACAGCCAUGGCUCCUUUUGUGCUACAAUGCAGAGUCGAAUAGCUUAGACGCCGUACUGCCUGCAAAGCAUAAAUAUUUGCUAUAUGGCCCUUUACAGAAAGUACCCUAACCCCCGCUGUAGAGUCAGACUUAACUGGGUUUGAAACCCAGCUCCACCACUUACCACCUAUUUGUCCUUAGACUAGUGACUUAACCCCUCUAAGCCUCUGUUUCUUCAUCAGUUGAACGGGGAAUGAUAGCACCAACUCCAUUGGUUGGCAAAUUAAGUAUAAUAGAUAACAAAUGCAGAGCACUUAACACGAGGCCUGGAACAUAUUAAGUGCUCAGUAGAUGUUAGCUUAUUAACAGGGUGCAAACCAAAUCAUUUUACCUUCAUUGUUGUCUCUACACCCAGUUAGUGGAAGAAUGGGAAAAGACUCCCUUGUAAACCCAGCCACCACCUUUGCCACAGACUUUCUGCAGUGGUUCACAAUUAAGAGAUGCUGGAGAGGAGUGCUGCCUGCAUGGUUACCAUGGACAUAGUGAAAAAGGCUCCACUGCCCACUGGGACCGAUGGAUUGCAUUCUGGGAAUGAAUGAAUGAGAGGUAACAGGUGACCUGGACUCCAGUCCCUGCGCACUCUCGUACUUGCAGAAGAGCUUUGGGUAAGUUGUCUCCUCUUUAAGAGGCAGAAUGAAGCCCAGGGCUGUAAGCGGUGGAGUCCCACGGAUGAAGUUUAAAUCCCAGCCCCUGCUACUGACUAGUUCUUUGACACUAGGUACGUUACCUGAUCUCUCUGUACCUCACUGUCCGCAUUUAUACAGUGGGAAUAAUUCCUGCCUUAGAGAAAUAAGGGUACAUGUACAAUACUUGGCACACGGAGUAAUGUCAGGUGUCAUUUAAAACUCUGGGCCUUGUUUUCUCAUCUGCAUUGGGCCCUGCCCUGAAGUGGAAGUGUUAACCUCUUUGGCCGGCUCCUGGGGCUAUCCCAGGCCAGGCAGAGGGAAGGAAUGAAUGGGGACCUAGUGGCAGGACAGGGCAGGUGUCAGCGGGGAGCCAGGAGCCCAGAGCGCCUCUGGACCUGCCUCUCUUGCCCAGGAGGCCCCCCCUUCUGGGGGUGUGGCUCAGCCUGGAGCUGGAGUCUUGCGCUUUUUUCCCCACCUCCGAGCAGAGUUACUGUCCUUUGGGCUGUUUGUCAGGCGGGGGACAUUUGGGGGCAACUGUGCUCCCCAUGUCUUCUGCCCUGCCUGUCUGUGAGCUCAGGGAUGGAAGCUCAGCCAGUCUGGUCAUUGUCUGCGGCGCCUGCCUGCAGCCUCCCUCCAGCCCAGCUCCACCCCUUGCCUGCAAGGUCUGUUUCCUAAUAGCUGCUCCAACCACACACCUCGGUUCCGCGAGGAGCCCCUCCUCUUCCUCCCUCCCUCCCUCAGGGGUGGGACUGGAGAAGAAAGCUCACUUGACAGCAGCACUUCUGAGCUAGUCACCGGCCCCUGCCCAGGAAUGCCUGCUUAUGCGUAGCCAGGCUGCCAAGAACUGGAAAGGAGCCGUCCCAGCCAUGAGCUCCUGCGGGCAUCUGCCGGGGGGCGAGUGGCCCAGAGUCCUCAUGCUGCUCCAAAGGGAGAGGUGAGCACUGGGCAGCCCGCCCGCAGCCAGAGGUGCCAGGAGCCCCAGGCCUGUCAUGGUGGCCGUGUGCAGCUGGCCUGAGGCACUCCCAGACGGGUUUGCAGUUGAGUCUGUUGAUCUGGUGUGGGAAGAAGAUGGGGAGUUACUUGUCCGUUCCAGCGUACUUCACCUCCAAAGACCCCUUUCGGUGUUCAGAAUGCCAGGAUUCCCUCACUAAUUGGUACUACGAGAAGGACGGCAAGCUCUACUGCCACAAGGACUACUGGGGGAAAUUUGGAGAGUUCUGCCACGGGUGCUCCCUGCUCAUGACAGGGCCCGUCAUGGUGGCCGGUGAGUUCAAGUACCACCCAGAGUGCUUUGCCUGUAUGAGCUGCAAGGUGAUCAUCGAAGAUGGGGAUGCAUAUGCGCUGGUGCAGCACGCCACCCUCUACUGUGGGAAAUGCCACAACGAGGUGGUACUGGCACCCAUGUUUGAGAGGCUCUCCACGGAGUCUGCACAGGACCAGCUGCCCUACUCCGUCACACUCAUCUCUAUGCCAGCCACCACUGAGGGCAGACGAGGCUUUUCCGUGUCCGUAGAGAGUGCCUGCUCCAACUACGCCACUACUGUGCAAGUAAAAGAGGUCAACCGGAUGCAUAUCAGUUCCAACAACCGCAAUGCCAUCCACCCUGGGGACCGCAUCCUGGAAAUCAAUGGGACUCCUGUCCGCACACUCCGAGUGGAGGAGGUAAAGGAUGCUAUUAGCCAGACAAGCCAGAGACUUCAGCUUUUAAUUGAGCAUGACCCCGUCUCCCAGCGCCUGGACCAGCUGCGGCUGGAUGCACGGCUCUCUCCCCAUGUGCAGAACGCUGGCCACUCCCCCACCCUCAGUACUCUGGACGCCAAGGAGAACCUGGAGGGGACACUGAGAAGACGUUCCUUGAGGCGCAGUAACAGCAUCUCCAAGUCUCCUGGCCCCAGCUCCCCAAAGGAGCCCCUGCUGCUCAGCCGGGACAUCAGCCGCUCAGAAUCACUCCGCUGUUCCAGCAGCUACUCACAGCAGAUUUUCCGGCCAUGUGACCUCAACCAUGGGGAGGUCCUAGGGAAGGGCUUCUUCGGGCAGGCCAUCAAGGUGACACACAAAGCCACAGGCAAAGUGAUGGUCAUGAAGGAGUUAAUUCGGUGUGAUGAGGAGACACAGAAGACUUUUUUGACUGAGGUGAAAGUGAUGCGCAGCCUGGACCACCCCAAUGUGCUCAAGUUCAUUGGCGUGCUAUACAAGGACAAGAAGCUGAACCUGCUGACAGAGUACAUCGAGGGGGGCACGCUGAAGGACUUUCUGCGCAAUGUGGACCCGUUCCCCUGGCAGCAGAAGGUCAGGUUUGCCAAAGGCAUCGCCUCGGGAAUGGCCUACCUGCACUCCAUGUGUAUCAUUCACCGGGACCUGAACUCACACAACUGCCUCGUCAAGCUGGACAAGACUGUGGUAGUGGCAGACUUUGGGCUGUCGCGGCUCAUAGUGGAGGAGAGGAAAAAGCCCCCAGUGGAGAAGGCCGCGACCAAGAAACGCACUUUGCGCAAGAAUGACCGCAAGAAGCGCUACACAGUGGUGGGAAACCCCUACUGGAUGGCACCAGAGAUGCUGAAUGGAAAGAGCUAUGAUGAGACCGUGGACGUCUUCUCUUUUGGGAUCGUUCUCUGCGAGAUCAUUGGGCAGGUAUAUGCAGAUCCUGAUUGCCUGCCCCGCACACUGGACUUUGGCCUCAAUGUGAAGCUUUUCUGGGAGAAGUUUGUCCCCACAGAUUGUCCCCCAGCCUUCUUCCCCUUGGCCGCCAUCUGCUGCAAACUGGAGCCUGAGAGCAGACCAGCGUUCUCAAAACUGGAGGAUUCCUUUGAGGCCCUAUCCCUGUACCUGGGGGAGUUAGGCAUCCCGCUGCCUGCAGAGUUGGAGGAGCUGGACCACACUGUGAGCGUGCAGUACGGCCUGACCCGAGACUCACCACCCUAGCCCUGGCCCAGCCCCCUGCAGGGGGGCGUUCCACGGCCAGCAUUGCCCCCUCUGCGCCCCAUCCUGUGGCUUCCUGUGGAUUGGCGGCUUGUUUAGAAGCAGCACAAGCCAUCCCUACUACCUCCCCAGGAGGUGAGCGGGCGCAGCACCAGGGAAACACAUCUCCACAGGUUUUGGAGCCUGGUUACUGUUUCUAAACCCAAUACUCGCCUGAAAGCUGUGAAGAAAAAAAAAAGCCUGGCCAGGAGGAAUGUUACUUAGGACCACUUGGGAACUCCCUGGCAGUGGGUUCCCACCCCCAGAGACUACUGGAGACUCUGGCCUACACUAAUCAGCAUGAUGUGGACCUGCUGGGCAGGAUCCCUGGGGAAACUCGCCUGUGGGCUCUGAAGUCUCUGGUCAAGCUGGUGCACAAAGACUUCAUGUGGGUCUGUGAACCAUAUAAACUGGCAGCCAGGUAGUGCUCCAAGAGUGUGAAAUGGUAGCGGUGCUGUCCCACCUCCCCUGGGACAGAGUUGGGGGAGUUGAGCUUAGAAGAGUCUCUCAGUUGGUUUGCGAUGGAACUGGCCAGGAGUUAGGGGAAGGACUGGUUUCUCUUUACUUCCUCGGGGCCACUCUGGCCAGCCCAGAGACCACACUGAUGUGAGAGGAGCUUCCACCACAUGUUCUCAAACUGUAGUGCUGGAGACUGGGCAUAGGUCCCUUCUGCCUGCAACAAGUACUACAAGUGCCAGAAAGAAAGAGCCCCUGCCCUCUGAAAUGUCCGUGUCCUGGCUGCUAUUACCCAUGCCCUCGUGGGCUGCUCAGUCGAAGCCCAGAAGCUUCUCACCAGACUUGCAGACAUUUUGCCUAGAGCUAGAUGGGCUCUGGAGGACAGAGUAGCUUGUCACAGGCCCAGAGUCUCAGGCUGGGAAGUGGGAGGAGACCGCAUUCUCUUGGCCUUGCGGCAGCCACUACUCACUCCUCCACAUCCCUGAUCAGGCAGCAUCUGGGGCUGGGAGGAGGUGAUGGCAGAGCCCCAGAGCUGAGGCACUGAGGGACACAGCUCCCUGAGCUAGGCCAGCUGGCUUCUACCUCCCUUGUUGCCUGGCCCGGCUCACUAGUUCCUGGCCACAGCCCCGAGUCACAGCCUUGGACACUGGACAGCCCUUGGGGCACCCUCUGCCUUGGCUUCCAGUGCUCCAGGGGCUCUGUAGCACAACUAGAUUUGCCUCCUAAGUGUCUGAGUUUAGACCAUAUUUAAACAAUUGGGAAUGGGACUGGGAUAUUAAUGCAAUGUGGUGGUUUAUUUUUUGGGGUGUAGGGAUGGGAGUGAUCCAGGAGAGUGGUUGUUAUUAUUAGUAUCUUCAUCUUGUUCUAUCAGUUGGGUGAUAUGUGAAAUAUUGUAAAUAGACCUGAUGAGUUAUGGGAUCAGAUAUCAUCUCUGGCCAGAGUUUACCUUCUGCCUAUACUGUACAUACGUGUAGAGGUUGCCAGCUUGUCAUGGGGUUGAGCUGUGGGCUCCCAGUAGCAGCAGGGUUUACCAUUGUGUGGCUGGUUGUGCCUCAACUGUCCCCAGCAAGUGCAAGUGUGGUGGGCUGAGCUACAUUUAUUAAGCAGACUAAAUAAAUUAAGCAGUUAACAUAACUGAUGAUACUGAGGUGAAAAAAGUGACUUGGGGCCUGGCUUUGGAAAAUAAAUGUGGGUCUGCUGGCCUGUGUCUGUGCCAGGAAGGGCGGAGCCUCCCCUGCUCUUUGUAGAGUAACACCACUGGCCACCUCACCCCAGACCACAGAAUUCCCCGUGGCAGGGUCCUGGUGUUCCCCAAGUCCCAUCCUCUCUCCCUGGAUGCAGACACUAAUCUGCUCCAGAUAUCAUGUACAUCCCACCUAAGGCAGCCCAUUCCUGGAAGCAAGUCUGACUGACCCAUCAAAGCCCCACAGAGCCUGACUCCCACCUGCUUGCUGAGUGGGAUCUUCAGGCCCUACUUCCCCAAAUCCCCCAAUAUACAUAUACUUCUCCAGCCUGGAUGUCCUAGUGUCCUCUCUGCAGGGCUAGGUAACACUUUCAUGUUGUUAAUUGCCGUUGAUUCUGAUUAGGUGACCCCAUGUACAACAGAACAAAACGUUGCCUCGUCCUGUGCCAUCUUCACAAUCAUUGUUAUGCUGGAGUAAAUUCUUGUGGCCACUGUGUGUUUUGAGUGCCUUCCAGCCUAGGGGGCUCAUCUUCCAGAAUUGUAUCAGACUAUUCUGUUGUGAUCCAUAAGGUUUUCAUUGACUAACUCAUAGAAGGAGAUCUCCAGGCCUUUAUUCCUAGUCUGUCUUGCCUGAAGUUCUCUUGAAACCUGUCCACUAUGGGUGACCCUGCUGGUAUCUGAAAUACCAGCAGCAUAGCUUCCAUCAUCAUAGCUACAUAUAAGCCACCACAGUAAGACACAUGGGUACAUGGGUGGUGGGACAUAACGGGAUGAGAUGAAUACAAGUCACCCUCACCCCUUGUGUUUCCCUACAAGUGCUUGAGAGAAAAUCUUUUUCUUCUCACUUCUGCACCUGGGGGUGGGGGCAGGGUAAGCACUGGGCAGGGUGAAGCUGGCUGGUUAGUGGGGUCCUGGCACAAUAUACCCAUUAUACCCAAAGGUGUUUUCUCCCAAGGCUUGAGGAAUGCAACAGGGUAGAAUGGUUCCUGAGGAACCAACGCUCGGGGUGCCACUUGUUGGCAUUAUAUAGUGCUAUACAGACAGCAACAUCUGGUCCUGGGCAUAGGUCUUCCUGGGUGUUCCUAGAGGCUGCAAACCUGUUGAACUCCCUGCUAGAAGUCCAAGAAAGACUCCUGGUAGCUUUUCAUUGUGGAACCCUCAAGAAUCACCCCGCAGGGCCCUUCCUCAUCCCCAGGCAGCCCAACAACCCAUCUUCGUGCACACCCUUCUCUCCUGUGGCUGCUACAGCACCACCACUCACUCCCCUUGACUCCAGCUCUGGGUAGGGCUGCCUGGAUGCUGGUCUUCAUUACCUCCGGAAGAAUGCUAUGUAAGGAGGCUACUGCAGUGACCAAGUGCCUUCUUGGGAUGUCUGCACACUGUCCUUCCUGCAGCUUCAUCUGAAAGGAUUCCUGGUGAGGAUACCAGUCAACAUAGAAGCUACAGUUACCAGCCAUCCACCUGUUGCUGACUCCCAGCUUCCUGAUUCAGGACCAAGGGGCAGGAGAGAAGGCUCAACUUCACUGCACAGGUGCCAGCAAGGUGACGUGCAGUUCCUCAACUUCUGGAGC